AAUAUUGAUGCGGGAAGGUGUAUGGACACAACUCCGCGUAGACCAGGGAACUGAAUUUGUGUUGACAACCUUUAUCCAAGACUGCCUUGCUGAAUAUAGACCAGAACAAAACUGUGCUCCCUGGGUUGCAACAUCAUCUGUUCAUAAUUUACGAAUUGAAAGGAUUUGGCCGGAGGUAAAUCAACGUGUGAACUACCCAUUGAAGCGUGUUGUAGUGGCCAUGCACGAACAAGGCCUGAUCCACAUGCAAGAUGACGUGGAAAAGUUCUGUGUCUCCAUGGUCCUCAUCAAAGUGGCAAGGAUCGGGGUUCAACGAUUCAUGUCAAGUUGGAACAACCACCACAUGAGAGCAUCUAUUGGAAGACCAGGCGCAACAGGAACACCUGAGCAAUGUUUUCAGCAAAAUAACCGAGUUGCAUCUCUAAUGCAUGUACAUGUGCCGACUACAGAAGAACUCGUUCAUCUGUAUCAGCAAAGGGGCGGACGCAUCGAGAGCUCAGGUAGAUUUGGUUGGGACCCAAUCGGUGAUGACAUGCAGCUUGUUCAUGAGCGCCAACGUAGACUUGAACUCAACUUUCCAUCCUAUGAAGAGUGCUUUAACUCGGCGGUGCGUGGUGACAAUCAACCGCUUCAACAAACCAUUAUCGGUUGUAUCAGAAUAACCUUCAACAUUGUGAAUACAUUGUAGCGGACAGUUAAGUUAGACACAUCUGCAACGAUUGCAUCCCCGCAUUUUGUGGUAGCUCCAGUAAUUUCACGAGGCCUAAGGUUAGCCUCUCACAUCUGUAUAAUUUUUCUGCAAAAAAAAUAAUUGUCGGAAAAAUUGUAAAACCCCGUGCAAAUCAUCGAUUGAAUAAUAAAGUGUACCUAAUGCCACAGCACUUUGUUCGAAAACGCAUUGCUACAUCAGUUUAAACUAUUAAAGGCGGCUCUUUUUAUCAUUUGUUAGCUUUUAUUGACAUGCAUUGAUUGCCAAACUUCAUUAAAUGGCCAAACCUGACCUCAUGUGUGUCUCUUGUUUAAAAUUGCGUUUUGGAACAUAGGUUAAUUUGUUUUUAGCAAUUACAUAUGGCUUGUUUAAUGAGAAACCUGAUUGGCUGUUGGGUGUCAGAAGUAAAAGUAAGGUGUUAAAUAAUAAUUACAUCAACAUUGUUUUGGAUAAUUACUUUGAUUCCAAAAUGACUUGACAUUGGUUUCUGGUGCGAUGAUCUCUGUCAACACGCUGAAAAAUAGAUGAGGGCCUUGCAUACGACACAAGGUUCAAUCAUGGCUAAACUAGCUACCAGUGUCACUCUGCAGUCGUCGAACCUGGUUUAAUAUAAGCAGUAGUGAGGGUAUCAAAAUAUGUUAGCAUCGAGGAACCAUGUCUGUUCGUGUUUCAAUCAAUACCAGUGUACGCCAGUUGUUUGAAUCUGAAAUUUGUUGAAUUUUUGAAAUUCCCGUGUAAAAUCAGAUAUCUGCUAUUAAAAAAAAAGACGUGGAACUCGGGACCAUGUGGAUCAUU